AUGGCGGGCAUGAGCAGCAAGAGGCUGCAGAAGGAGCUUGCGAAAAUACAAGGCACACUACCUCCCGGCAUAUCCCUCGUUUCCGCAUCAGACCUGAAGACGUGGGAGAUGGACAUUCGGGUGCUGGACAACCCUCUCUACCACCCAGAAGAGAACUAUCGUUUGCGGUUCAGCUUCUCGACAUCCUACCCCAUCGAAGCUCCCGAGGUUGUCUUCGUACAGCUCGCCAGUCCUCACCGACGGAUACCGAUGCACCCACACAUCUACAGCAACGGGAUCAUAUGCUUAGACUUGCUGGACUCGCAGGGUUGGAGCCCAGUACACAACGUGGAGAGCAUCUGCAUCAGCAUUCAGAGCAUGCUGGCGAGCAACACCAAGGACGAGCGACCGCCCGGUGAUGCCGAAUUCGUGCGAUCGAAUCGAUCCCGGCCAAGAGACAUCAGCUUCCUGUACCACGACCCGCACAAAGCGUUAGCCCAUCUUCGAGGCUUCACUUCACAGCCGACCAACUGGUACAAAUGCCCGCUUACGAGACGAGCGGCAGUUCUGAUCCUGCUGUAUGCGGAUCGAGGGGGUGAUCUGAAGGUGGUCUUGACGAUCAGAAGUGCUGGAUUGAAGAACUAUGCCGGCCAAGCAGCCCUCCCAGGCGGGAAGUCGGAUACCCUCCAAGAAACACCCUUCAUGACCGCCCGUCGUGAAGCCUUCGAAGAGAUUGGCCUCCCCAUGUCCGACCAGAACCUCCCACCAGGCUACACAGUCGAGCACCUCACCGAGCUCCCCUCCAACCUCGCCAUGACCGAACUCGGCGUACGUCCCUGCGUGGCAUACCUCAAGACCCCACCGCCUUCAGACCGAAACAAGAACCCAGACGCCGCUCGAGACAUCCUCCCGAAGCUCGACGCCAGAGAAGUCGCAGCGGUCUUCACAGCUCCCUUCCAGAACUUCCUUCGCGAGAAAGAUAUAGACCCAGAAGCUAGAGAGAAUGUCCCCGGAGAAUGGUAUAGAGGAAGCUGGCACAGCUGGCACGAGACUGCGUGGAGGAUGCAUCAGUUCUUCGUCCCCGUGACACGAAGCACUGUGUUUCUGGCCAAGAGACCGACCUCAUACACCGACCCACGUCCACCGAAAGCGCGGAACACGACCACAGGAGCCAAAUCUUCCGGCUCGUCAUCUCCACAGUCAUCUCUCCAGCCCCCCUUACCGAAAGCGUUCUAUAAACCCGACUCGCAAGAUCCUCUCCAACAACCACGAUAUAGAGUCUUUGGCAUGACGGCGAGGAUUCUCGUCGAUGCCGCGACGGUUGCGUAUGGAGAUGAGCCGGAGUUUGAGCAUAACAGUCACUUCGGGGAUGAGGACAUGAUUGCCAAGCUGUUGGCGAUCGGCAGGUUGAGUGAGGAGAGGAAGGAGGGGGAGGUGUUGACGAGGGAGGUCAUGCAGAAGGCUAAGGUGGCGAGAACUGGUGGGCCGAAGAUUUGA